UUAAUGGGAAGUCCACCAAAAAAUUUGCCUCCUUGUUUAAAUUCUGGAACAAGCACCAUAGUUAACGAAAGAUACGGUUGUUCAUGCCCAGAUUCAUAUAUGGAUAGACAGUGCAAGCUUCCCUCCGUUAAUGUUGCCAAUACUCCCAUAGAAAUUCCUUUUUCUACUUUUUACAUUAAUACAACUCAUCAACGAACAAUACACAUAGGCUUUCAGUUUAUCACUUCUGAUAACAGCGGGAAUGGAACUUUAUUUAUACUCAGAAAUAUGAAUUCUACUUACUUUUUAAGUGGCCAACUUAUUCAUCUCAGGGUAUUUCUUGAAUUCGGCAGACUCGGUGUUAAUUUUGUACAUUUGUCCAAUUCAAAAACGCUUCGUUCACCCUCAGGUGCUGUGGCAUUAAAUGACAAUGCUUGGCAUUAUGUGGAUGUAUUUUUAGAUACUCAGGUUAACGGAGAAUGGAGUUUGAUAAUGCUAAUCGACCGAUGUAAAUAUUCCGAAUUGGGACCUUGUUCAGUGAAUGAUACACUUACUUUGCCAGUUAAUUCCAUAAUGUUGGGAGGCUAUGUCUUACUAGGUGAUGAAUCUGGUCCAUCUACAGAACGAUUUAGAGGAUGCUUUGACAAUGUUUUUAUCAAUAAAGAGUUAGUUGAUUUUUACCCUGUACUCUUAUCACAAGUAUCUCGGAGAGGUUGUCCAGAGUCACAGAAGGGUUGUUUACGAGGCAAUGUAAAGUUAUGUGGAACGUAUGGAAAAUGUCGAAAUGCUAUAAGUUCAACCGAUAUACUAACUUGUCAAUGUGAAGUUGGAUAUAGGCCAAACAUAACUGCAGCACUGAAACCUCAUAGAUGGCCAUGCGAAACUGUUUCCGAAGGUUGGUCAACAACUAGUACAGUAUACAAUGCAUUGUUUACUGAUAAAGUGCCAAAUCGCCUACGAUUAAGCAUAAGAACAAGGACAAAAACAUUCACAGUUUUGGCGGUCGCAGCGUGGAAACUAUUUUUAAGUGUUUCAGAUGGGGUACCAGACCUACGUUUCGAUAAUAUCGUAAUUACAUUAGGUGAAGCUAAUGUGUCUGAUGGUAACUGGCAUGUGUUCGAAGUUACAUUUACAUCAAGAUUCUUAGAUCUGCGUUUAGAUGAACUGGACAAAGCAUAUUAUAAUUCCCGGUAUUUUGCAGAAAAGCAAAUUUCAAGAGGUUCAGUCGACAUAGUAAUUGCUAAUGGGGCCAAAGAAACUUGUUUAGAUGAUGCGUGGAUAGAUUUUCGUAAUCUCUGGCCUGAUUUUGAACAAGACUACCCCUUGGAAAUAAUCAGUAAUCCAUCUUACCCAAGGUAUACAAACUGGGGAAGUGUUGGCAGACAGUCAGGUUGUUCAAGUGGUCGCACAUUUUGCAACGCAUCCAAGGGAAUUUGUGACGAUACUGCUCUCUGUGUAGAGGAGUGGAGAGGUUACCGAUGCGAAUGUGUAAACAGGACGGUGAGAAAUGAUCAGGGGAAAUGUGUUCCAUUCCAGUGUUAUCCUAAUCCCUGUGUUAAUGGUGAAUGUCUUGUGGUAAAUGGAACUAACAAUUUCACCUGUAUUUGUUUUGGAAUGUGGACUGGACCUCUCUGCGAUCAGGUAUUAGGUAUGAGUGCUGCAAGCCUUAGUUGGUGGUGGAUACUACUGGUUGUCCUGCUGUUGGUAGUAUUAUUAAUCGCGGCUCUACUGAUAACAUUUUGCUGCUGUAAACGGCGGCAGAAAAAGAAGUCGAAUUUAAUUGAUUUCAGUAGUGGUCUAAGUGAUCAACAGCUAGGAAUUGAGAGUCAUACCAAUGAUCCAUGGAGUACAGGUGAGAAAGAUUUUCAAGGACCUAUUGAUUAUUCUGUCUUGAAGAGAAACUUUAACUCAGAUGGAUAUAAAGUGAACAGUGAUUCCUUUCCGAGUAAUGGAUACAUUCCUUCAGGCAUUAAGUCAGAAAUGAAUGGGAAUUCCGAUACUUUGUCUGAUCCUAAUGUAACUACUGCUCGAGCAUACGGACAAAAGACAACAGAUAUACCUCCGUGGGAAUGUUUCGAUCGUCAGCAUAAUCCCGCUAUAAGAUUAGAUCAAGUACUAGAAUAUGGAUACGAAGGAUAUGAUGGUAAACCUCCACCAGAGUUUUGUCCCAAUGAACCUGUUUUAUCCUCAUCUUACGAUGAAGAUGAUGUCAAUUUAGAGGCGAGAAAAUAG